AUGACUGAGGCACGCUUCCUGAUGUACAAAGGAGUUUUGCUGCCCGCUCUUGUACACUCUGCGAAGACUUUGAUGCUGUUUGAAAAGUUCCUUUUUCGGCCAGAUGACAUUCUUAUUGUAACAUAUCCCAAGUCAGGUACAACUUGGAUGCAGGAGAUCGUACCCUUGAUCAUGAGCGGAGGAGAUCCUGCCUCAGUGGAGACCAGUCCCAAUUGGGAACGAGUUCCCUGGCUGGAGGUGGAUCAUACUUGGACCCUCAAUAUUGAUGACAAACCGUCACCGCGCAUGUUCGCCACACAUUUCCUUCCUCGUAUGAUGCCGCCGUCUUUUUUCGAAGUUAAACCGAAGGUCAUCUAUGUCAUGAGGGAGCCCAAAGAUGUAUUUACCUCAUCCUUCCAUUACUGUGCGAUGGCCUCUUUUAUGGUCGACCCUGGACCGAAGAGCGAGUUUCUGCAAAAGUUCCUUCAAGGAGAAGUCGUGUAUGGCUCAUGGUUUGAACAUGUGAAAGCCUGGCUGGAUUACAAAGAGGAGAUAUUUCGCAUCUGCUACAAAGAAUUGAUACAGGAUCUUGAAGACUCAGUGGGCAGAAUUGCUCUGUUCCUGGGGAAAUCUCUGGACAACGACGUGAUUGCGAAGAUAGCUGAGCGAUGUCUGUUCAAGAACAUGAAAAAGAACAACAUGUCCAACUACUCGACAGUCCCUAAGGAGAUUAUGGACACCACAAAGUCGGAAUUUCUCAGAAAGGGAGUUGUUGGAGAUUGGAAAAACCAAUUGACGGUAGCAGAAGCUGAAUACUUUAACGAUGUUUAUGCGGAGAAGAUGAAGGAUGUUGAUUAUGAAUUUGCGUGGAAUUUAAAGAAUACUCGCUCCUAA